GUUAUAAAUACAGCACGCGCUCACUCUUCGGUUGUAAACGUUGUAAUCUGUAAUUGCUUAUGGAACUACAAUUCACUUUUCUUUACCGAGGUUUAAGAAGAAGGAAAGAGAGAUGGCACGUAAGGACAAAGAAGUUCGCCGCUCGUGCAGAUGUGGAAACAGCUGCUUGGGUCCGCUCACCUUUCACUCCGAAGCCAAGGGGCAGCACGUGAAGCUGAGCGCAGGCGCCCGGCGCGCGACCAGAAACCCGCACUCGUUCCAUCACGGCGUGAUGUUCAGCAGCCGGCCGCUGCGCCUCGAUGAGAAAGUGCGCAUGCGCGUGGAGCGCUGCGUACCGGCGUGGCACGGCGCGCUCCGCCUCGGCUUCACCAGCGUGCCGCCCGGUACCGGCCCCGUGUGUUCUUUCGCCAUUCCCGACCUCACCGAACGACAGGGAUUCUGGGCGACCCCGGUUCCGGAGAGUCACUGCUCCCCACGCACCGAGCUGACGUUCUGGCUGACGGGAUCCGGACACCUGCGCAUCAGGACGAAUAGCGGGUACGAGCACGAAGAAAAACUCGACCAGAUAGACACGAGGAAGCCGAUCUGGGCCAUGAUUGAUGUGUACGGUCAGACAACCGCUGUUCUCUUACUAGGCUCAGAGAAGAAGGGUUUACUUAGCACGCGCCGCUCCUGCCCGGCUCCCAUUAUCACUGCUACGGAGGAAAACUGUGGUUAUGACGAGAUUCCUGAACAGAUCCUGAAAAAGAUGAUGCAUAGAAAGAGUGUGGAUUUGAAUCGUCCAUUAUAUCAGACUAAAGCAGAUGAUGAAGAAUUCUGUGUAGUGUGCUUUUCUGAGACGGACACCGUACGGCUAGACUGCGGUCACUCAUGUCUAUGCCCUCAGUGUGCUGCCAGGGUCAUCACCGAGUUCGGGACGUGCCCGUUGUGUCGGGAGCGCAUUUGCAGAUGACUUAGAAAGAAAGAGACAAAUAUUAAAGACUGUGUAUAUUAUAUUCUGUAAAUAUUUUGUACAAAGUGUAUAAAGAAAUAUUUCUAUUAUAUAUUAAAUUAUUUAUUAAAUAAAAAAGAAUAAUGAUUUA